AUGGCCAAGCGCACGUUGCUGCUGCUGCUAGCGGUGUGGGUGCUGGCGGGGGAGCUGUGGCUGCAGGCAGAGGCCCGGGCUGCACCUUAUGGCAUAAAGCUGUGUGGCCGCGAGUUCAUCCGAGCAGUCAUUUUCAUCUGCGGGGGCUCGCGGUGGAGACGUGCGGACAUUCUGACACACGAAGCUAUGGGGGAUGCCUUUGCUGAUACGGACACAGACGCCUAUGGGGACAGCCUGGCAGGAGAGCUGGAUGAGGCAAUGGCCUCCAGCGAGUGGUUGGCCAUGACCAAACAGCCCCAGACCUUCUAUAGAGGGCGGCCCAGCUGGCAAGGAACCCCAGGGGCUCUGCGGGGUGGCCGUGAUGUCCUGGCUGGCCUCUCCAGCAACUGCUGCAAGUGGGGGUGCAGCAAGAAUGAACUCAGCAGCCUCUGUUAG